AUGAACAUCAGGCACCCACGGGUGCCCUCCUUCCCGCUGGGCUUCGCCGUGGGGCUGGCCCUGGGGGCGGCCCUGCUGCAAAGCCUGCGCCAGGCCCUGGUGCCCCCGGCCCCCCAGGGCACCCUCGGCAUCAGCCCCCACCACCGCCUGCCCCCCCGCACAGAGGACCGCAGCGUGGCGGACGAGCUGUACGAGCGGGUGCGCAUCCUGUGCUGGGUGAUGACGGGGCCCCGCAACCUGGAGACCAAGGCCCGGCACGUGCGGGCCACGUGGACGCGCCACUGCAACGUGGCCCUCUUCAUGAGCUCGGAGCGGGACGAGCGCUUCCCGGCCGUGGGGCUGCCCACCAAGGAGGGCCGCGACCAGCUCUACUGGAAAACCAUCCGGGCUUUCCAGUACGUGCACCGGCACCACCUGGGCCAGGCCGACUGGUUCCUCAAGGCGGACGACGACACCUUCGUGGUGGUGGCCAACCUGCGCUGGCUGCUGGCCAACUACACCCCCGAGCGCCCCAUCUACUUCGGCAAGCGCUUCAAGCCCUUCGUCAAGCAGGGCUACAUGAGCGGCGGCGCCGGCUACGUGCUCAGCAAGGAGGCCCUGCGGCGCUUCGUGGCCGCCUUCGCCUCGCGCGCCUGCACCCACACGAGCUCCGUGGAGGACCUGGCGCUGGGGCAGUGCAUGGAGAAGCUGGGCGUGGAGGCGGGCGACUCGCGCGACACCCGCGGCCGCGAGACCUUCCACGCCUUCCCGCCCGAGAAGCACCUCACCGAGUCGCUGCCCCGCGACCGCUUCUACCCGCAGUACUCCUACUACCCCGUGCAAUGGGCGGCGGCGAGCUGCUCGGACCUGGCCGUGUCCUUCCACUACGUGAGCGGGGAGCAGAUGUACGCGCUGGAGUACCUGACCCACCGCCUGCGCCCCUACGGCUACCGGCCCCGCUACCGCCCCCCGCCGCCCGCCCGCGCCCCCCGGCCCCCCGCGCCCCCCAACGCCACCCUGCCGUAG